AGAGAGAGAGUCACAGCACCAGCUCAUUUGACUUCUCUGCUAUGUGAGUUAUGCCGUGUCCCGUGUUGUGUGUUUCUGUUACUUUUACUUUCACUUUUCCUAUAUAAAAAGGCACCAUCUCUCAGCUCUGCCAUUACUCAUCUCGGGGCAUGAAGUGAGUUGGUUACUGGGAAGGAAAAUGGAUAAAAUUACCCAACUGACAGAUUUGAUUAAAAACUUCGGCUUUGCUGACUGUGCCGCAGGCAAUUUGGGCUACGACCGAGUCCUCCUCCAGCUCUUUGGGUUUUUGGGACACGGCAAAUCCUCCUUCAUCAACACCUGCAAGUACGUCUUGGAGGAUGGGAAGUACCACAACUACACAAAUUCAAAGAUGUCACAAGGUGCUGACACUAUAGCCAGAAUAACGUAUCCGCUGACGGAAACAAUGACCCUGGUGGAUAACCGCGGCUGCUCCGCGAUGAACGAUUAUGAGACGGCAGAACUAUACGCUCAGCUUGCCAACUUGUUGCCCCUGGAUAAGGGAGUAGAGUGGAACCAAGGUUUUGGGCUCGCUGACAGACUUGUGGAGGCGGAGUCAGUUGUAAAAUCAUCUGACUUUAUCUACCCCAUUUUUAUAUUCAGUGUAAAGCAAAGACUGACCCACCAGGAGAUGACAGUGAUAAAGGAGUUGCUUGAAAAGGCCAGAGACCUGACAGAGAUCUUUCCUACUGUGGUUCUAACCCAUAAGACCAAGGGGGAUCUGAGAUAUAUGAAGGCUAUGUUUGAAAACAUGGGAGUGGAGAGAAUCUUUGCCCUUGAAAAUUUCACCCCAGAAGAUCACAUCAAAACCAGAGGGAGACACGAGGAUGUGCUGGAGAUUUUUUCUGAAAUUAUUAAAGAUAUUAAGUUCCACAUGGAGAGAGCGAAGGAUCCUCCGGAGCAAAAGAUAAGAGACAGAAGGAAGAAUUUGCUCAACAUGGUUCAUGAAAGGGAAAUGAAAAAGACAGAGGAGGAGAUAGAAAGGCAGAGAAUGAAAGAAAAGAGGUUGCAGGAAGAGAAGGAAGACCUUCAAAGGAAACCUGUACAGACAGAUCCGGGGUGUAUAAUAACAUAAGCCUGAGUGUUGCUGUCCAGGCCCCCCUGAAUGAUCUAGACAGGCAGAAAAUGUGUGCCUGAGAUAUUUGUAUAACAUUUAAUAGUAGAAGAAGUAAUUUACUGAAAUUCUGAGCAAGAUUUUAUACUGCUUGUUAGGGGCAUUUCCUGGGCAAAAUAGCUUUUCUCCUAAUUCAGCUCCAGUUUUUUCCCCCCAUAGACUUCAAUAGAGUUUUCUGACAAUAUGUCUAGCCCCAUGUCAGAUUUCAAAAUUGAAUAUAAAAAAAUCUGUUUGCUCUUUUGAAAAACGGAUUUCAGUGCAGUAUUAACGGAUUUGUUUUGAAAAAAAAAACAUUUUCCCAUGACAGUGUCGCUUUAAGCAUCUACUGUAACAUCUAGGCUUGGAGCCAAUAAAAAACAAGGAAGUGCA